UUCUUCCUGUCCACAGGUACAAGCUUUCUGUGGAUGUUCUGGCCCAGUUUUAAUGCAGCACUUCUCAAUAUGAAUAGGGCAAAAGCUGUUUUCAACACCUACUAUGCCUUGGCUGCUUGCACUGUUGCAACAUUUGCGAUUUCCAGUCAGAUCCAUAAUAAAGGAAAAAUAAACAUGUCACAUAUCCGCAAUGCUAUGUUGGCAGGAGGAGUUGCUGUCGGGCUUUCUGCUCCUUUGAUACCAUCUGCUUAUAUUGCAAUGAUAAUCGGCUUCAUUGCUGGUGGUAUCUCUACACUGGGGAUGAAAUACCUAAAGGGCAGAUUGGAAUUAUAUUUGAAACUGCAUGAUACUUCUGGCAUUUUAUACACCCACGGCUUACCUGGAAUCAUAGGAGGCAUAGUGUACAUUGUUCUACUUUCAGUGCCCUCUGUGAGUGAGGAUUUGCAAAGAGUUAAGACGUCACAUACUGACUACUGGCAAACAGCCCUGUGUGUUACCAUGACAAUGAGCAUUUUAACAGGAUUUGUCACAGGUGAGAGAUAGCUGUCAUCCAUGAAUGA